AUGAGCAUUGAUUCGGACUUCAACAAAGGGACCACCUUGAAGAACAGCCUAGCUCCUAUUGCCAGCCUCGAGUGCAUUGAUGAAAGUUCGGCGACAAGCGACGGAUCAAGAACCCUUCCACCGAGCCGUCAAAUCUCUGUCUCUGCUGCCCCGGGGAUAAGAUUCAAAAAUCUCGGCAAAUCUGGUUUGAAGAUAUCAAGUGUUGGCCUAGGUACAUGGGUCACAUUUGGGCAAAAUCUGUCCGAAGAACAGGCAGAAGAAAUCAUUCAAGCUGCCUAUGACCAUGGGAUUAACAUAUUUGAUACCGCGGAUGCCUAUGCUGGUGGAAGGUCUGAAGUCCUUCUAGGAAAGAUUUUAAAAAACAGUGGAUGGAAACGUUCGAGCUACAUUGUUGCCACAAAACUUGUGUGGGGAAGCAAGUUAGAUAGCGACCGAGGACUGUCGAGAAAAUUUAUCCUGGAAGCUAUAGAUGCCAGUUUGCAAAGGUUACAAAUGGAAUAUGUGGACAUUGUCUACAUCAACAGAACGGAUCCCAUGUGCCCAAUCGAAGAGGUAGUUCGUGCCUGUACACACGCCAUUAAUCACGGCAAAGCGAUGUACUGGGGUACAUCACGAUGGACAGCGAUGGAAAUAAUGGAGGCCUACACGGUGGCACGCCAAUGUCAUCUCAUUCCUCCGUCCGCAGAGCAGACUGAAUAUCAUAUGUUCCAGAGGGAAAAGGUGGAAAUUCAUUUACCAGAGCUCUUUCAUAAGAUAGGUACCGGCACAAUAACUUGGUCUCCCCAAGCCUUUGGACUCCUCACGGGAAAAUUCGAUGAAGGUGUUCAACUUCUUUCGAGGGGAUCUUUGAAAAGCUUAUCAGCCUUACAGGAUCGAAUGAAUACAGAUGGAAGCCACAGUCCCAAGCACCAGUACAAGACGCGAGAGCUCACCCAUAUCGCCGACAAGCUCGGCUGUACUAUGACGCAGCUUACUAUAGCCUGGUGUCUAAAAAGUGAACAAGUACAGUGCGUGCUACUAGGAGCCCUCUCAGUAGAACACCUAUACGAUCAAUUACAAGCCUUGCAGAUCAUUCCGAAGCUCACGACCAACAUAUCGAACGAGAUUGAGAAGAUUCUGGACAACAAGCCGACCCGGCACCCCUUGCAGAGGUGACUGGUGCAGAGUCGGGGCCCCUCCG